CUCGUGGGGGCGGUUUAUCGUUUCUACUGUUGCGAGCGCUUUGAGUCAGUGAGACUGCUGAAUCUAUUGGGAACUGUGAAAAAAAAAAAAAAAAAAAAAAAAAAAGUCAUAUCGGUGUUUUAUGGAUUUUUUAUUUUGAAAAUUCUUACCUGUAGCUUUCCAGAGGAUUGCAGUUGUCACUCAGACGGACAAAUAUAACCUCUUGUCUGUGUGAAAGUCGACAUAUCUAACUUCUGGUGACUGAACCCCAGUUUUCCAACUUUCAACUGAAGUACAAUUUAAAAUGAAAUUAAAUUGUGUCUGUGUGUGCGUGUCCGGACUGCUGCUGGUUCUCUGUUUGAGCGUCUUCUGUGAACCAUGUUCUACUUUUAAAGAUUGCCACACAUGCACUAAUCAAACUGGCUGUUUUUGGAUGGAUUGUAUAAAUGUAACAGCCCCAGUAUGUGGAAACAACACACAGCUCAAUGCAUCACAGUGCAAUAAGACUGGUUGUGGUGUUACAAAUGAAAACUUGCUUAUUUUUACCCUCACAGUUACUCCUCCUCCAAUUGGCACAACAGCUCAUCCUGCUACUAAAGCUACUGCUACUUCUGCCUCAACACAAUCUCCCAACACAACUGCCAAUGGAACCACUCCACAUACACCAAGUAAUACAACAGUUGUGCCACCAACCAAUACUACAAACCCUGCAAAGACUUCUGCUGCCUCUGCAAGCACCACAGCUAGUCCACGCACUGGCUCCAGGUUCGACGCAGGCAGUUUCAUAGGUGGCAUGUUACUGACCCUGGGUAUGACGGCCAUUCUGUUCAUGGGAUACAAGUUCUCUUGUGUAAAACGAGAAGUGCAAUACAGAACCAUCGAGGAACAUGAUGCCAUAAUCUAAAGAAUAAAUCAACAAUAUGAAGAAAAUCCAGAAGAACUUUUCAGAGCGUCUUAAAAAGACCUGAGGGAAGAAGAUCCAAAUGACACAGUUGUUACUUUUUGUACAAUACUACCGAAAUAAUUUCAGUUUUUCCUGCACCACUGCUUUAAAUGUAAAUACUUGAAUAUAUUGUCCCUAAUGCAUAGUUAUAACAUCACUUGGAUGCUUUACUUUGUUACAUUGUUGUUUUGAGGGGUGGGGGGUGCUUUUAUACUUUUUAAAAUGUUUUUCGCUUGCACGUUUAGUUACCUGCUUUGUAAUAUAAGGAUCUACACGUCAUUUUUAAGGAUGUGUGCUGAUACUGAUGGGUCAGGCACCAAUGACCUCUCAGACCAGGGACACAUUAAUCAGAAAUGGCCCUGCAGUAAAGGAACUCAAAGCAUUACUGUGAUUCUUGCCGAUCAAAAGAGUGACUGUAUGUAAACCAGGUUGUUUAAAUACAACACAUGUGUAAUUGGAGAAAAAGGACUAGUUGCUUUUGUCGGUGCAAAGUAUUGAUUUGAUGGUUUUGGUGGGUAAUAAAAUUAAUUUGGACCAA